AUGCACCUGAAUAAUAAUGUGACUGAGUUUAUUCUACUGGGGUUGACACAGGAUCCUGUUAGGAAGAAAAUAGUGUUUGCCACUUUCUUGUUUUUCUACUUGGGGACGUUGUUUGGUAACUUGCUGAUUAUUGUAACCAUCAAGACCAGUCAGGCACUUCAGAGUCCCAUGUACUUCUUCCUUUUUUACUUGUCCUUAUCGGACACCUUCUUCUCUACCUCCACAGCCCCUAGAAUGAUUGGGGAUGCCCUUUUGAGGAAGACCACAAUCUCUUUCAUUGAGUGCAUGAUCCAACUCUUUUCAUCCCAUUUCUUUGGCUGCCUGGAGAUCUUCAUCCUUAUCCUCAUGGCUGUUGACCGCUAUGUGGCCAUCUGUAAACCCCUGCACUACAUGACCAUCAUGAGCCACCGGGUCUGCGGUUUGUUGGUGGCCAUGGCUUGGAUGGGGUCCUGUGUGCAUUCUUCCACUCAAACUUUUCUUCUCUUGAGUUUGCCUUUCUGUGGUCCCAAUGUGAUGGAUCACUAUUUCUGUGACUUGCAGCCCUUGUUGAAACUUGCCUGUUCAGACACUUAUGUGAUCAACCUACUCCUGGUUUCCAAUAGUGGUGCCAUUUGCACAGUGAGUUUUGUCAUGCUGAUGUUCUCCUAUGUCGUCAUCUUGCAUUCCCUGAGGAACCACAGUGCUGAAGGGAGGAGGAAAGCCCUGUCCACCUGCAUCUCCCACAUCAUCGUGGUCAUCUUGUUCUUUGGUCCAUGCAUAUUUAUAUACACAUGUCCUGCAACCACCUUUCCCAUGGAUAAGAUGAUAGCUGUUUUUUAUACAAUUGGAACACCUUUGCUCAACCCUCUGAUUUAUACACUGAGGAAUGCAGAAGUGAAAAAUGCCAUGAGGAAGUUAUGGAGCAAGAAAUUGAUCUCAGAUGAUGAAAGAUGA